ACGACGCGGGGUCCUCUAGCUUCUUCUCUUCACACACUCUUCUCUCGCUCUCUCUGCAACGACGUCGUUCGUGUUCAUCUUCUUCUUCCUCGGUCGAUUCGCGCUUCCACCCUUUCGCUGGCUCCAGUUCUCGUCGAAUUCAGCUAGGGUUUCAUCUGGUCGGUGAUCUCUCUUCCCCUUAUCCAAUUUCUGCAUCUGAAUUCUCAGUUUCCGGAAUCAUCUUCGUGAAAUUGAAGAUAGGGAUUUGAGUUUUCUUGAGCACGCUGCUGCUGGUGCUGUUCUCAGCUUCUGGGUUCGUUUGAAAUCAACUCGUGUGGUGGAAGCAGGGUAACUGCACCCGUUUCUUCUUCUUGUUAUUAUUAUCAUUAUUGGAUUUAAGAGAAAAAAGGGGUUUGAAUUUCUCGUGUUUCAGUUUAUUCAAUUGUGAUUCCCGUUUUCGCCAUAACUAGGAUGCAAAUUCUGUAGUAGGUUUUUUUCUUCUUCCUAUUAUGGGCAUGUCUAAACAGUUAUACUGAAUUUUACAUCCAUAAUUAGCACUAGAACUGGACACAGAGGUAGCUAAGUGAAACUUCAGCUUUUGAAUAAUUGAAUAGUUGAACCGACACGAUGGCGAAGAGUAGGCGGUCUGGAGGUUAUUUUGGAAAUACUGCUGGUGAAUCUGAGGGAUCCGGUACCUCGGGAGCAAUAGACACGGAAAUGACGGUUUCCGAGAACUCGAGUAUCCCGACAAGGAAAUCUAUUGAUUUGAAUUCGAGCUGUCGUGGUGCGUUUGGCGUGUCUGCGCAUGUUGUUCCCUUGUCGAGAAUGUCACCCUUUGAGAGGAAGGGUCUGGCGCGGCGGUUAAGAUCUGAGCUUGAGCAGAUUCAGCAACUACAAAAGAGGAUUGAACUACAAAGAACUAGUGGCGUUACGUUAUCGGCCUCCAGUGAUAUUCUUAGCUGUAGCAAUGGAAAUAAGGGGCGUCGUGUGGAGAACUCGAGAAAGCCAUCGAUGUCCAGUUCUGUACCGGGGGGUAUAUCAAAACCAGGUGGUAACAGUCAGAAGGCUCGUGGAUUGAACCGGGGAUCAACUGGAAAAAUUGAGACUGCUAGACGGACCUCUUUGCCAAGCUCUGCAAAUGCUUUGCUGAUGAAAGAAUGUGACUCAGUGUUGAAACGGUUGAUGAAACACCAGCAUGCUUGGGUUUUCAACACCCCUGUAGAUGUGGUGAAGUUGAAUCUUCCAGAUUAUUUCAGUAUUAUUAAGCAUCCAAUGGAUUUGGGGACAGUAAAAAGCAAGUUAGCUGCAGGUGCAUACAAAGAGCCAUCGGAAUUUGCUGAUGAUGUGAGGCUUACGUUUUCGAAUGCAAUGACCUAUAAUCCACCAGGGAAUGAUGUCCAUAUCAUGGCUGAUACCCUCAAUAAAUAUUUUGAAAUGAGAUGGAAAGCAAUUGAGAAGAAGCUUCCAAGAAGUGAUGCUCUGCCACUGCCUGCAAAGCCAGACACUUGUGAGGAAGUAAAAACUACUAGACCAAUGCCUCCUUCAAAAAAGAGAAAAAUUUCAUCAUUGCCCCCUGAACCUGAUGUUAUGCCACCUGCUAGGCAGGUUAUGUCGGAUCAAGAGAAGCACAAUCUAGGCCAACAAUUGGAGUCUUUGAUGGCAGAAAUUCCUGUCCAUAUCAUUGAUUUCUUGAAAGAACAUAGUUCAAAUGGUAGAGAUUGUGGAGAGGAUGAGAUUGAGAUUGAUAUUGAUGAUCUCAGUGAUGAUACUCUGUUCACAUUACGAAGGCUUUUGGAUGAGUUUUUGCAAGAGAAGCAGAAGAGCAAAGCAAAAGUUGAAGCCUGUGAAAUUGAGGUGUUGAAUGAUUCUGGACCUAGCAAUUCCUCAUUGCAACCAUUUAAAGGUAAUGAUCCAGCUGAUGAAGAGGUUGACAUUGGUGGAAAUGACCCCCCUGUGUCAAGCUAUCCUCAUGUGGAGGUUGAAAAAGAUUUAACUUGCAGGGUGAACAAAAGUCUAAGUCCAGGAAGCUCCAGUGAUUCAGGUUCUAGCAGUUCUUCUGAUGGUGAAUCUGAUGACAUUAAAGCAAGUCCAACAAAUGGAGCAAAGGUACCAGAAAAUAUGGGUUCUCAAGCUCAGUUGGAUGAAAAGACCAGGGCAUCUGAUACUCCUAACAGAAAUCAAUCUGUUAGUGGCUUAGAUCAACUUGACGAUAACUCUCAGCAUAAACCAAUCUCUUUUGACUCUGAUUUUCUUCAAGAAGGAGACAGCGGUCCAGCUGAGAGACAGGUCUCCCCAGAUAAACUUUAUCGGGCCGCAGUAUUGAAGAAACGAUUUCUUGAUACUAUUUUGAAAGCUCGAGAAAAGACACUCACGCAAGGUGAGAAGGGAGAUCCUGAGAAAUUGCGUCAGGAAAGGGAGAAACUGGAAAUGGAACAAAGGAGAGAAAAGGCAAGGCUACAAGCAGAAGCGAAGGCUGCUGAAGAUGCUCGAAAGCAAGCAGAAGCAGAAGCUGCUGCAGAAGCCAGAAGGAAGAGGGAACUUGAAAGAGAAGCUGCCCGGCAAGCAUUGCAUCAGAUGGAAAAGACUGUUGAAAUCAAUGAGAAUUCUCGAUUUCUCAAAGAUUUGGAAAUGCUUAGAGCCGAAUCUGCUCAGCAGUUGCCGAGCCCUGUAGAUGAAACCAGUCCUGAUCGCUCUCAGGAUGGCCUGGGUAGUUUCAAGUUUGGGAGUAGUAAUCCCUUGGAACAGCUAGGAUUAUAUAUGAAAGCUGAUGAUGAAGAGGAGGAAGGAGAGCCACCCUGUUUUCAGAAUCCUCAAAAUGAUGUACAAAAGGAAGAAGGAGAGCCACCCUGUAUUCAGAAUCCUCAAAAUGAUGUAGAAGAGGAAGAAGGAGAGCUACCCUGUAUUCCGAAUCGUCAAAAUGAUGUACAAGAGGAGGAAGGAGAGCUACCCUGUAUUCAGAAUCCCCAGAAUGAUGUAGAAGAGGAAGAAGGAGAGCCACCCUGUAUUCAGAAUCCUCAAAAUGAUGUAGAAGAGGAAGAAGGAGAGCCACCCGGUAUUCAGAAUCCUCAAAAUGAUGUAGAAGAGGAAGAAGGAGAGCCACCCGGUAUUCAGAAUCCUCAAAAUGAUGUAGAAGAGAUGGAAGGAGAGCCACCCUGUAUUCAGAAUCCUCAAAAUGAUGUAGAGGAGGAAGGAGAGCCACCCUGUAUUAAGAAUCCUCAAAAUGAUGUAGAAGAGAUGGAAGAAGAGCCACUGUGUAUUCAGAAUCCUCAAAAUGAUGUAGAAGAGAAGGAAAAAGAGCCACUAUGUAUUCAGGAUCCUCAAAAUGAUGUAGAAGAGAAGGAAAGGGAGCCACUGUGUAUUCAGAAUCCUCAAAAUGAUGUAGAAGAGGAGGAAGGAGAGCUACCCUGUAUUCAGAAUCCUCAAAAUGAUGUAGAAGAGAUGGAAGAAGAGCCACCCUGUAUUCAGAAUCCUCAAAAUGAUGUAGUAGAAGAGGAGGGAGUGCCACCCUGUAUUCAGAAUCCUCAAAAUGAUGUAGAAGAGGAAGAAGGAGAGCCAUCCUGUACUCAGGAUCCUCAAAAUGAUGUAGAAGAGGUGGAAGGAGAGCUACCCUGUAUUCAGAAUCCUCAAAAUGAUGUAGAAGAGGAGGAAGGAGAGCUACCCUGUAUUCAGAAUCCUCAAAAUGAUGUAGAAGAGAUGGAAGAAGAACCACCCUGUAUUCAGAAUCCUCAAAAUGAUGUAGUAGAAGCGGAGGGAGCGCCACCCUGUAUUCAGAAUCCUCAAAAUGAUGUAGAAGCGGAGGGAGCACCACCCUGUAUUCAGAAUCCUCAGAAUGAUGUAGAAGCGGAGGAAGGAGAGCCACUCUGUAUUCAGAAUCCUCAAAAUGAUGUAGAAGAGGAGGAAGGAGAGCCACCCCGUAUUCAGAAUCUUCAAAAUGUUGUAGAAGAGGGGGAAGGAGAGCCACCCUGUAUUCAGAAUCCUCAAAAUGAUGUAGAAGAGGUAGAGAUUGAUUAAGUUAUGCACAUUUUGUAUGGAUUGAGGAGCAAAGUAUAGUUAUCAUGGUCCCAACUCCCCAAACUGUAAUGCAUUGAUGCAUCAUAAAUGGGGCGGAUCAUAUUUUCUUGUGACAGCAUUCCGCUUCUUCCUUCUGAUUCAGUUUUGGGCUAAAUUAUAAUGUCAUAAGGGGAUCAUAUUUUCUUGUGACAGCAUUCAGCUUCUGCCUUCUGAUAUUACAAUAUGUAUUCAGUUUUGGGCUAAAUUAUAAUGUCAUAAGGGGAGCGGUUUGAACAGAAACGUGAUACGCCUUUGGCCGUUUGCAAUUAGAAUAGAAGCAUACACCCAUCUUCUUGUGUUUCCAGUCAUACUAAGUGCCUUGAGCAUGCGUCCCUUCUUCUUGGGUUGUACAAAAGAUAGGUGUAGUCUUUGAAUCUGUUAACGUUGAAGUAGCUACAUCUUUCAAAAUCAUUCGUGUUGUAUUUACAUUUUAGCUAUUCCUUUAUAACUGUUAGAAUUUUGGUUGAGUAGGUCAGUUUCAUCUUUCUUAAUACUGUAAACGUUUUGGCAUAUAGCAUACUUAAUAAAACUUGUUAUAUUCGUUUUCA